AUGAACGAUAUUCCGGUGAUGUGGACACCUGAUAAACAGCGGCAACAGAUUGCUGAGAUGUUUCGAAAUAAAGGACUUAUAUGCCGUGAUUAUUUUCUCAACAACAGUUGUCCUCGCUCCUCAAGUUGUUCUUACAUGCAUAUUCAAGACGGCGAGACAAGACGUGUACCUCUCACGGUUUGUCAUUUUUUCACGCAACGUGCCUGUUUGCGUGAUAAAUGCUCAUUUUUUCACGGAACACAAGCUCAACUUGAUCAGCUUCGAGCGAGUGGAGCCAAGACAUACCGACCGCAGGACUACAUGGCCAUCGCCGCGCCCCCACCGGAGUAUCUACCAGCGGCUUCAAGUAUGGCCCCACAGAUGUUUCCAGUUCCCAUUCCACUUCCUUUUGCCUCGGCAUUAAUAAAUCCAUCCACAGGAAAUAAAGUUCCAACAGGCUCACCCAUUCUACUCUUGACAUCGGGUGUACCAGGGAUGCCGCUGUACAGUCCAUCAGCGGCCAUACCGCCAUACCACUAUGGAACGGCACACAUGACACCAUUACCAGUGGCUGCGCGGACCCUGCACGGUGCCCCACACCUGACGUUGUACACCAAUCCCCUAAUAUCUUCAUAA